AUGGUCAGGUCGUUGGCGACUUGCAUCUUCUGCAAGAUCAUCAAAGGGGAGAUCCCCAGCUAUAAACUCGUCGAGACGGAGAAAGUCUUCUCCUUCCUCGACAUCGGACCUCUCGCCAAGGGCCACGCCUUGAUCAUUCCAAAGUACCAUGCCGAGAAGUUCCACGAGGUCCCUGAUGAGUACCUCGGGGACGUGCUUCCUGCGGCGAAGAAGAUCGCCCUCGCACUCGGAGCCGAGAACUACAACCUCCUCCAGAACAAUGGUCGCAUCGCCCACCAGGAAGUUGACCACGUACACUUCCACGUCAUCCCCAAGCCCGCUCCGGGCGACGCCGAGGGUCUCGUCAUCGGCUGGCCCUCCCAGAAGCCGUCGAUGGAUGAAUUGAAGGCGCUUCAUGCAGAGCUCAUCACGAAGCUGUAA